AUGUCAUUUCGGCAUGGAUUCCGCCAUGGACGAAGUGGAUUGGUGGAUUUGACACAGCAUGAGACAACAUUACCCUUGAAGAUUACAGUUGGAUGCGAUGCACUAUCCUUGCCACCACCUCCGCCGCCACCACCUCUACCAUUACCGCCACCACUACCACCUCAACCAUCAUCAACGCCCUCAAUUUUACCUGAUCCUCUGCCGUUACAACUAACAGCAAAUAAUCCAUUUAUAACAGGUUGCUACUGGCAGGAUACACAACAAUUUUGCGAACAAAUAACUACUGCGACGAGUAAAAUUCAAUACUAUGAACCAUUGUACGCCUCUAAUGUGGGAAUGUUCCGCAGUAGUGAGACAAACCGAAUAACACAAACACAUUCCGAACCGAGAACUUACGUUCGUUUAAUUAACUCACCACCUCCGCCACCAGAGCUUGGUUUUCCAAUAAAACGAACUACUGUGACAUUGCAGAUUACUAACUUUAACCCAGGCACUAAUACUGAGCAUACUGAAAAAGGUGUUCUUCAGAAUGAUCAACAGGUAAUUCAGUCAGAUGAUUUGAGUGGACAAAACACUAAGUUUACUCCUGGAUUUGAAAGUGAGGAAGCAGUUUUGAAUGAUAGCAGCUUAACCAUGCGGUCGCAAUUCAGGGGAAAAGUAUUUAAAUUACCGGAAAACUGUGGUCGCCCACAGUCUUCAGAAGGACGUACAUUCCCGUUGAAAGUUCGAAGUGACGACAUGAAUUAUGAUAGUAGCGAUUAUAAUGAGCCUCAACCUGAAAAGGAUUCUUAUCGCAAUAGUCCAGAUUCGUCCUUGACGCUUACGUCUUUGAAACGUUCUUUAACUAUGGAUCAGGCUCCAGCUGUUAUUCGUACUGCUACCAAAAUUGUGCGCAAAGUUGCUCAUCCCACUCAAAAGAUUCCCGCUCCAAGUCUCACAAUCACUAAUAAUGAAGACUCCUCCUCAAAUGCCGUAGUAUCUGCUCAUCCGAAUACGAUUGCGGCAUCAAAGAUAUUAAAAACAGCAAAACCCCUAUCUUCCAAUGGGACAAUGUCAAAGAAUGGUAUGUCAUGGAGGAGACGACAAAUAAAUGAGGGUUUAGAGGUUGAGGAUGAAGUGCUCCAGACUUCACCAGUGCAUAAUGUUCCGUUUAAAAUGCGAAGGAUAAACCGUCGACUUCGUAGGAUUAAAGAUAAGCUGUAUACGGAGGCAUCUAACGAAUGUUUCGAGUUUGCGGAACAUGGUCAUUGCCUAGCUGGUGUCUUUUGUUCGUUCGAUCAUGGUGGUGAUUCUACACAUAGGAUAACGAGGGUUUGCAACAAAUUAAUGUUGGGCUUAUGUCGUGGUCAUUGUGGACAGGCUCAUUGCCUUUCCCCACAUCAAAUGCCAAUUUGUGAUUAUUUUUUGCGCCUUACUUGUUCUGAUGAACGUUGUCCAUAUUUGCAUGUUAAACAUGCUGUUGGUAGUAAACCAUGUGAAGAUUUCAAUCGAGGAGUUUGCAAAAAAUGCUCCACCUGUUCGUUUCCUCAUCGUUACUACUAUUCGGUGAUUAAAAAGAAGUGUGACGGACUUGAAAAGUCUAAUGUAUCCCAAGUGCCUUUACGUCAUAGCGAAGCAGUUAGGAGCGAAGGAAGCGAUGAAGAAUGCGAUGUAGAUAAGAAGUGUGCGUUGCAGUGGAUAUUAUGA